UUGGGCAGAAAUAGCGCAGAAUAUUUUUGUGUCUGUACUGUUAAUUUAUAUAAUUUUUACACUUGAAUUUAACUUGGCAGGACAGGUGUAAUAAAUUCAAAAGCUUUGUCAUUGUGGCUAACCGCUGUGAUGGCAAAUCCGCGUAAAUUUAGUGAAAAAAUAGCUCUGCAUGCUCAAAAGCAGGCGGAAGAGACUGCUGCAUUUGAGCAGAUAAUGCGUGAAGUCAAUAUUGCUGUGCCCCCAAAGGGUCCGGCUGGCGUCCGUCCGCCGCCGUCUCAGCCGGUCUACAUCGGCGGUCCGUCUGGCCAGCCGGCGGCGGCCGGCGGCGGCGCGCACCAGCGCGGCGGCGGCGGCUCGCUGCCCAACGCCAGCCAGAUGGCGGCCGCUGCCGGUUACCCGGGCAUGGGCGGCGCCGGGCCACCGUACCACCACCUCCAGCACCACCUCCCCUACCAGGACCAUCUGCACCAGGAGCAGCUCCGGCUGGCUCAGGUCGGCUGCCAGCCCAUCCCGUACAGCGGCGACCGGCGUGGAUCGGGCGUCGGACCGCACCGCAGCCCGCGCGCCAGCGAACACCGGCGCGACACCUCCCCGUACCGGGCCGGCGGAUACCUGUCUCCUCCGGCCGACAGCAGCUGGAGGCGCACCCACUCCGACUCGGCUCUGCACCAAGGUCGGCCGCCGGGGGACGGCAGCGGCGGCCCGCCACCCAGCUACAGCCCCGUGCCGCCACCGCCGGCGGCCCCAGACGGGUCCGGCUCGGACAGCGCCAUGAGCCGUCUGCACGGGCCGCGGCCCAGCCUGGGGUCCAGCCCGUUGCCGGCAGGCGGACACUGGUCGUCGGCGGCGCCUCCCGGCCAGCGCGGCGGCGGCGGACAACCGUUGGGCAGCGACUCCUAUCUGGCCGCCGGCGGCCAGCGGGCCCCUGCGGCGACCCUGCCGCCCUCCAUGAACAGCUCGGGCUCGCUGCCGGACCUGUCUGCGCUCUCCUUCCCUGCGUCGCCGGCGCCGGGGGUCAGUCGCGACCAGCCGGCCGCGCCGACCUUCUGCCAGUCACUGGGAGGCGUGUCGCCCGUGCACUCUCCGCUCGGUGAGCGGUUGUUUCCGGGAGUGCCUCCGCCGCAGCGCCACCCACAGCACAUUCCGCCGCCGCUGUCACCCGCACAGAGUUCGCUGGGCGUGCCGGGCAGCGUGUCGUCCAACUACCUGCACACCUGUAAGGGUGUGACUGUGGAGCACCAGCGCCAGCCGGCGCCUGGAGGGUAUAGUCCAGCUCAGUACGGCAAUCACGCGCCCCAGCAGCAGCACUCACCUCAGCAUCACCAUCAACAUCAUCACCAUAAUCAGCAACAUCAGCACCAUCCACCGCAUCACCACAAUCAACAACACCAUCAACAACAUCAUCAACAACAUCAUCAACACCGUCAACAACAUCAGCAGCAGCAGCAGCAGCAGCAGCAGCAGCAGCAGCAGCAGCAGCAGCAGCAACGGCAGCACCAGCAGUCGCAGCAGCAGCAGCCGGCGGACCGGAGCCGUCACCUGCAGCCGGACCAGUCAGACCAGCAGCAGGAGCGGCCGCCCCCGUCCCCGGACGGCCGAGCCGAGCCGAUGGGCGCGUACCGGACGCCCCAGCUGAGCCCGCGCAGUGUGUCGCCGCUGCCCUACUACCAGGCCGGGUACCGGAGUCCCAGUCCUCUGGACAGCGUGCCCUCGGCGCCGGGCUCGCCGGCCGGACCGCCGUCGCCCGUGCCCAACCUGCCCAACGGCGGCUUCUUCGUCUCGCCGCAAACCCAGCAGAUGCAGAAGCAGUUCGAACAGUUCAGCAUGGAGAUGUCUGCACCGCCGUCAGUCAGCAGCUGCAGCUCCCAGUCGUCGGCCAUGACGGCCCGCGGAGCGCCGCUGCAGACGGCGCCCACCAGCACUUCGCAGACCAUCCCCGAAAUCACACUGUCCGACUUUUCGUCGCCGGCGGCGUUUUCUGAGCUGCACAUUCCGCGAGUGCUGCGAGACGGGAGCGCGCUGCUGCACGGCGACUCGGCCCAGCUGCGCGACCCAGAGCCUCUGGGCGAGCUGGACCUGGAAGGUCUGCAGAUGCUCACCAACCCGCACGGCGACCUCAUCGACCCGAGCGCCGAGCAGUCGUUCCGGUUGGAGUCGCUCGGACAGUGACGGCCGCCGUCCAGUGACGGCCGCCGUCCAGUGACGCCGUCUGCCCGGUCCAGGUGACGCUGUCUGCCCGGUCCAGGUGACGCCGUCUGUCCGGUCCAGGUGACGCCGUCUGCCCGGUCUACUGACGCCGUCUGCCCGGUCCAGGUGACGCCGUCUGCCCGGUCCAGGUGACGCCGUCUGCCCGGUCCAGGUGACGGCGUCACCGGUCGUCGGGGCCUGCCUGCUCUCCGGCGCCGGGGCUGGGGCCGCCUCCAGCGGUGAUGUGGUUGUGGUCUGGUGAAUCAUGAGCUGGGUUUCCGAGUGAAAGUGAGGGGUUACAGAGUUCAGGAGGCCGCCUGCAUUGUCUCUGGCUCGGCCGGUCGGGGAGCGUGGGGAGGC